AUGGCGGUGGCAGAUGUGAAGUUAAAUUCACCAACUCAAACAAACAGUCAAAGUGUUGUUGUCAAUGUCAAAGACAGAGAUGUUGAAGUGGGGAAACCAUACGAAGACGAAGAUGGUAUAACAAUUGUUCCUGUAAAAGAACAACCAACAUAUCCUGAAGUUAGCAGAGACUUAAGUUCUGUUGCAGAUAUUCGAAACGACUACCAACAACUGAAAGACAAACUUCAAACUCAGGAGAAGAUUUGUCAAGCUUUAGUAUAA